AUGAAAGCAAGCAAUGUAGCUGACUUCAACAAAGCGAUCAACGAAACUUACAAUGUUUUCAAAAACUUUUCCGAAAGUCAAGAUACCUAUUAUCCAGCUUCGCGUGGAAUCAUGAUGCUGUCUGAUGGCGCGCUCGAAGAAUACAACGAAGCCUUCAAUAACGCUACGAUUGCGCUGAACGAUAGCAACAUAAACUUCGAUGAUAUUCGUGUUUUUACUUACCUCAUCGGAAAAGAUUUAAAACAUCAAGUGCCACUCAAAAAUAUCGCCUGCUCUCGACGAGGUUACUAUACUCAUAUUGCUUCUCCCGCAGAUGUUAAAAACAACGUGAUGGAGUAUUUUCAUACGAUGAACCGCCCUCUUGUGAACCAAGCGGAUUAUGGUACCAAGCCACAGUGGAGUCCAAUGUAUUCUUCGAGUCUGAUUGGUGGGCUUAAAGUACAUGGACUCAUAGUAUCUGCUACACAAGCGGUUUAUUCAAAAGACAAUCUAACGAACAAAACGGGAUUACUUGGUGUCGUUGGUACAGACGUCCCUCUGUCGUUUUUGGAGCAAUAUCUACCAAAACCAUAUAUUCUCGGGCCGCAUGGUUACGCCUUCAUUACUAAUGCCAAAGGACAACUCUUGUCGCAUCCUGAUCUCAAGAUCAAGGAGGAUGAUGGUGUUUCUAUGAAGACAACUUAUCGAAGCAUGACUCUUAUUACGAUGGAGCUUUAUCGAGAAAGUCCAUCGCGAAAGAAGGACAUUACUGAGGCAAUACGUACAGCAGCAAGUGAGCAAACAAGAGUUAUUAAACGUGGAUUCGAGGCAAGAAGAAUCAUCGAGUGCGGAUCAGAUACCGUUUCUUGCAGAAAAUUAGCGACGGACGUCCUCACUGAUUAUAGUUUCCUCGGACUGAACGAGAACUUCGUUCUUGGAAUUGCUCAACCGAGGCUUAUGAAAAAUGGAAAUCUCCAGUUUGCACAGAGUACGGAGAAACUUCUUCUACCCAGAAACAAGAUGACGAGAGGAUCUGUUAAUCUUGUGCAAGAAUGCUCGAAACCUCUUGGAAAUCCAGGACAGCAGAGCAACCGAAAGCAGCUGAUUUGCGAAUUCUACAAUGGCGUGAAUUCAAAUUUGCUGAAACUUGCGGGUAACUGGGAAUUUUGUAAAUUCCAAGACUAUGUUUACACGGAUGAUCAGCGAUGUGCUUCAAUCAACCAGACACAAGUCAUUUUUGACUAUGUUUCUUCUACUAGAAAGGGUUCGGCUAAUUUCGAGUAUGUUUGUGAUGACAGUAUGAUCGACUCGCUUCUCUAUGACAUUCAUAUGACCGCGAUCUUGCCUGGAAUGUGGGCUGACUACUUACAGAACACUGGUGUAACUUCCGUCAUUGAUUUUGCUUAUGUUUUGACGAGAACCGGGCUUCUUCGAUUUUAUGAUAACUCGAAAACCGGUGACGUGAUCUCGAUGGAUCUUCUUGAGCCUUACAAGAUCGGUUUCGAGAAGUUUACUUAUUCCCGUUUAUUCCGCAUUGCCGCCAGCUACAAGAAGGGGACAACCGUCUAUUUGCUGAAUCCUAAAAAUCCUGAAAAGUAUCUCACCGCCAGAACGUGGAGUUUGGGGGAGAGCGAAAAUUUCAAACCACCGAAUUUCAGUUCGGAGCAUCAUGUAGCUAUGCUCACAGAGGGUUACCAGAUUCGACGCGAUUAUCUUGUUGAUCUCAUCAGAAAAGAAGCUGGGAAUCUCAAAUGCAAAAACUUAAACGCGGGCAAUACGACCGAGUCAGACUGUAACGGUGAUAUCAAGGAUUGUUAUCUACUUGAUGACUAUGGAACAGUGUUCGUUUCUGCCAACAAAACCGAGACCGGAUUUACUUUGGCUCAAGUUGAUUCCAAUGUGAUGCAAGCAAUGAAAAACGAUAAGAUUUUCAUUGGAAUAGGCGUCAAAGAUUACCAGGCAAAGAACUCUAGUCUCCAACAAAAUUUCACCGCGAAGGCUCAAGAAGCUUCUAGUGGUGGAUUUUUCGGAUUUUUCUCAUCUGGCUCAUCUGAAGCGGAAGUUAAAGAGGCAGACAUACCUGGAGCGUAUCUUUACGGCAAUGUUGGCACGGGAAAGACCAUGUUGAUGGACUUGUUUUAUUCUACAACUCCGGUCGUCAAGAAGAAGCGGGUGCAUUUCAAUCGUUUUAUGCUCGAUAUCCACGAGCGCAUUCACAAGCUAAGAUACUCACAGCUUGGCGCCAAAGAGACCUGGGACAAAAUCGCGGACGAUAUUGUCGAGGACGUGCAUCUUCUCUGCUUCGACGAGUUCCAGGUCACCGAUAUUGCCGACGCUAUGAACAUGAAGAGCCUCUUCUCCGCUCUCUUCAGGCGAGGCAUCGUAGUUAUUGCCACUUCGAAUAGACACCCAGAUGAUUUAUACUUGCAUGGUCUCCAACGACAGAAUUUCCUCCCCUUCAUCCCGAUGCUGAAGACACAAGUGGAACUCGUCAAUUUAGACUCGGGAAAAGAUUACCGAAAAUCUGAAGUUUUUGACUUCAAUUAUCCAUCUUGGCUCAUCAAGGGCGACGCUUCAUUGCCGCAACAAAUCGAAAAAAUCUACUCUAAAUUUGGGAAGGGCGAAAGCCAAGUUGAAAAUAAGAAUAUAACUGUGCUUGGACAUACUCUUCGUGUGCCUAAAGCGACUGGCGGUGUAGCUGAGUUCACUUUCGACGAAUUAUGCCAGGAAGGAUUAGGUGUACCAUUAGGCGCGCAAGAUUAUUUAGCGCUUUCUGGUCAUUACUCGGUGAUAAUCGUCAAGGACGUACCCCGGAUCGACCUGUACGUUAUGAACUCAGCACUGCGGCGAAUGAUUACUAUGAUUGAUCAAUUUUACGAUAAUAACGUGGCCUUAUUACUUGUACUGGACGUUCACCUGGACGAUCUCUAUUUCAGCUCACACUCUGGAGAUAGAGAGCUUACUAUGGAGGAGAGAAUGUUUAUGGAUGAUCAUCAAGUUCAGGGUGUAGCAGAAGGCGUUAAAAUAGCCACCCUUUCUGGUUCUGAAGAAGCCUUUGCUAUUGAGCGUAAAAUCUCACGACUUGCCGAGAUGAGCUCCGAGCAAUACUGGCGUGAAACAGAAAGAAUUUUCUUGCAAUCUAAAAAGUAA